UCAUUUUGUCUUUUUCAGCACAAACCAGUCCGAGGAAAAGAUGGAUUGGAGCACACUACAGACUAUUUUGGGGGGUGUCAAUAAACACUCCACCAGCAUUGGAAAAAUCUGGCUCACCGUCCUCUUUAUUUUCCGAAUUAUGAUCCUUGUAGUGGCUGCAAAGGAGGUAUGGGGAGAUGAGCAAGCUGAUUUUGUUUGCAACACUCUACAGCCAGGAUGCAAAAACGUGUGCUACGACCACUACUUCCCCAUCUCCCACAUCCGACUGUGGGCGCUGCAGCUCAUCUUCGUCUCCACGCCCGCCCUGCUGGUGGCCAUGCACGUCGCCUACCGAAGACAUGAGAAGAAGAGGAAGUUCAUUAAGGGAGAAAUCAAGAGUGAAUUCAAGGACAUAGAAGAGAUCAAAAGUCAGAAGGUCCGCAUCGAGGGGUCUCUCUGGUGGACCUACACAAGUAGCAUCUUCUUCCGAGUUAUCUUUGAAGCUGCCUUCAUGUACGUCUUUUACGUCAUGUACGAUGGGUUCUCCAUGAAGCGUCUGGUGAAAUGCAGCGCUUGGCCCUGCCCCAAUACCGUGGACUGCUUUGUUUCCAGGCCCACGGAAAAGACUGUAUUUACGGUGUUCAUGAUUGCGGUGUCUGGAAUUUGCAUACUGCUAAAUGUCACUGAAUUGUGUUAUUUGCUAAUUAGAUAUUGUUCUGGAAAGUCAAAAAAACCAGUUUAACACAUUGUACAGCGACUAAGUAAAAGAUAACCUGAAAAG